AUGCCUGCCGGGACAUUGAGUCUCACAGCCCCCGGCGUGCCCAGUGACACCUCUUCCGACGCGGCUCGCGGCGGGUUCCGGGGUUUUGCUGAAAUACACUGUAUGAGUGGCCACUCAAAUUUUGUAUCUUGUGUGUGCAUCAUACCUCCAAGUGACCUCUAUCCUUGUGGGCUGAUUGCAACUGGUGGCAAUGAUCAUAAUAUUUGCAUUUUCACAGUUGACAGCCCAGCUCCUCUUUACAUCCUUAAGGGUCAUAAGAACACAGUUUGCAGCCUUUCAUCUGGGAAAUUUGGCACAUUAUUAAGUGGAUCAUGGGAUACAACAGCCAAAGUCUGGUUGAAUGACAGAUGUAUGAUGACAUUACAGGGUCACGCAGCUGCAAUAUGGGCAGUGAAAAUACUGCCUGAACAGGGAUUAAUGUUGACUGGUUCAGCUGACAAAACUAUUAAACUGUGGAAGGCAGGCAGAUGUGAAAGAACAUUCACUGGACACGAAGACUGUGUGAGAGGUUUAGCUAUUCUCAGUGAAAUGGAAUUCCUGUCCUGUGCUAAUGAUGCUAGUGUUCGAAGAUGGCUGAUCUCUGGCGAAUGCCUACACGUGUAUUAUGGGCAUACAAAUUAUAUAUACAGCAUCUCUGUCUUCCCUCAAUGUAAAGAUUUUGUAACUACGGGAGAGGACAGAUCUCUUAGAAUCUGGAAACAAGGGGGAUGUGCUCAAACAAUCAGACUCCCAGCUCAGUCUGUAUGGUGCUGCUGUGUGUUAGACAAUGGUGACAUCGUAGUUGGUGCAAGUGAUGGAAUUAUAAGAGUGUUUACAGAGUCUUUGGAACGUACAGCAAGUGCUGAGGAGAUUCAAGCUUUUGAAAAUGAGCUUUCCCAAGUAUCUAUUGACCCUAAAACUGGUGAUUUAGGAGAUAUUAAUGCUGAUGACCUUCCUGGAAAAGAACAUCUUAAGGAUCCUGGAACAAGAGAUGGACAGACACGGCUUAUUAAAGAUGAUGAGAAAGUGGAAGCGUAUCAGUGGAGUGUUAGUGAAGGAAGAUGGAUAAAGAUUGGUGAUGUUGUUGGUUCUUCUGGAGCCACACAACAAACAUCUGGAAAGGUUUUAUUUGAAGGAAAGGAGUAUGACUAUGUUUUCACUAUUGAUGUAAAUGAAAGUGGGCCUUCCUACAGACUGCCGUAUAACAUUGCUGAUGAUCCUUGGCUGACUGCAUACAACUUCCUGCAAAAGAAUGAUCUAAAUCCUAUGUUUCUGGAUCAGGUGGCCAAGUUUAUUAUGGACAACACUAAGGGGCAAGCACCGUUGAGUACAAGUGCUCAAUUUUCAGAUCCAUUUACAGGUGCUGGACGUUAUGUUCCAGGCUCGUCAUCUGGAUCAAGUACAAUACCUGCAGCAGAUCCAUUUACAGGUGCUGGUCGCUAUGUUCCUGGUUCUGCCUCAAAUGCAGUAGCUCCAGUGGGUGGGGUUGAUCCAUAUACAGGAAAGAGCGCCUACCAAUCAUCAGCAGCUGAAGUUAAAAAUAUUUAUUUUCCGAAGAAGGAUGCUGUCACCUUUGGCCAGGCCAAUCCUACACAGAUACUGGGCAAAUUAAAGGAACUUAAUGGCAGUGCAACUGAAGAACAUAAGCUUACAGAAGAUGACUUAAUAAUCCUAGAAAAGUUAUUGUCUGCAAUGUGCAACACCUCUGCAGAAACACCUACAGCACAGCAACUUCAGACUUUAUGGAGAGCAGUUAACUGGCCAGAAG